AUGUACCAAAAUAUCAGCAAGGACGCUUUAAAUGCGCGCUGGAUCCUGUGCUUAAUCACCCAAACUGUACUUCAACCAUCAAACGUGUUCGUUACCUUGCUGGUUACCACUGAGUUCUCUAUUAGAGAAGUCGAACCACCGGGUCAAGAAACUGUUGAUGUCAGUUCAUACGAGGUCAUUCAAAAGAGCCCAUCAUUUAAAGGUAACCAAGAUCAACUUUCGAUUCUAAUCAGCCUGUCUCACGAUGAUAACAAUUACAAGGAAACGCUAGAAACGCUACCGAAGCUCUAUCAAUUUGGUCAUUGCCAUCUUGACCCUGUAGGUAUAGUAAGCCCCAACCUACUGGCUUGUGAUCUUGCUGCCUUUUAUGGAUUUAGAUAUGAUGUUAGACAAUUAAGCAGAGAUAGAUGUUACAAAGAAGACCUUCGACAAUCGGACCGUGCCAUUUGGUACUACCUAUGUGUUUUAUAUGCCCUAUGCUGCUAUGCUCGUAUGCUCCUCUACUAG